AUGCCUCGACCUAAGCGGGCGAAACGGGCGCCGCCGUCAACGGAGCUGAAAACCAUGGAGCCGGUGGCUGACGGCAGUGACCAGCAGGGCGCGAACAGAGGCCGCUCAAGGACGACGCGCUCCAUGAGGGCUCGGCUCCGUUCAGACCAGCAGGGGCGUGCGGCUCCCAAACCGGCCGGACAGAGUCGAAAGGCAUCAAGUGGGCGAGCAGAGAACAGUCGGGGAAACUCCCCGACGCAAAGCCGGAAUGCGUCUGCCGAGCGCGCAGGGAGCCGCCAGGCCAAAUCAACCGCACAGAGUCGGGAUGCAUCAGUCGGACGCUCAGAAAAACGCCGGGCAAACUCGACGGGCGGACCAGACGAUCCAAGGCGCUCACCCGAGCUCAACAUCGCCACGCCGUCGAUGAGAAGGGACACUACAGGCUUGGAUCUGGCAGACGAUGACGUGUUUGGGAAUCUGGGCGACAGCUUCGCCGACGGCGACAUCCCAGAAGCUCCCCCCUCCGCAGCCCCCUCCGCAGCCAGCUCCUCCGCGACGCCGAGCCACGUCGAACGCAGGCCCAGAUCGCGACAAUCCAGCUUUGUUGGGCGCAGCGACCCGCCUAUUCGACCCAGCAGCAGGGGAGGCAAUCCUCCUGGCGUAAGCUCCUCCUUCAACAUUGGUGUUUUCCGGCGCCGGGCCAGGGAACCCAGCAUUUUGGGCACGGCGCGACGCGCCAGGUCGCGGACUGGCAGCGUGGCUGCCAGCGUAAACAGCAGCCGAGCCGGCAGUGUCGUCUGGGACUCCGAGCUGGAAAGCGAGGCUGAAUUUGCCCCCGAGCUGGAAUCAACCCCUCUGAACAACAGACGCCCGUCUCGACCGAGUCGGCAGCCCGUGGAGCGACUCGAAAGCCCCCCCGAGCUUCGCAGACGGUCUCUGAGGAAGCGGAAGAGUCGAGAUGAAUUAGAAUAUGACAAGGAUGGACCCGAGAAGAUGACCCGAGUUGAGUCAACUGGCGGCCUGGACAUGAACAGCGACUCUGAGCUUUCCGAAUUGUCGUCCCCAUCCCCGCCGCCGCCGUUGCCGCCGCCACCCGCUGUCAGCCGUUUCCCUGCCCGGGCUGUUACUCCGAUGAACAUGGACGAGAUUACAGCGCCUCCGGCAAGCAGUGACUCAGAGGCCGAUCAUGGAAACCUUGGGCCCGAUAUCCGCUCCCUGGCCAAGAGGCGCCGCCGCCUUUCCACCACGACACCUCUCCGCAACGACGGAAAUUUUUCGGAUGUUUCCUCGCCACCUUCUUUGACACAUUCUCCAGACCUCGUAGCUACAAGAGGCCGGAGCGCCAACAGGAAACACCGGCAGUCGCCCAAGAUUACUACCGCAGACUUGACGAAUCUCCUGCCGAAGCGACGCUGCAAGAGGACCCGCGACGAACUCGAUUUGGACAGUGAGGGCCAUGACGAGACAGAUGAAGGAGACGAACCAUCCUACCGAGACGCUCGGCCCGGGAGGCGAAAGGGUAAUAGCCGACCCUCCAGCCGUGCCGGCCAACUCGGAGCAAACGGCGUCUUGAAAGCAAGGCAAACUGUGGUGCCAGUGCGCCGUUCAGCUCGAGCUGCCGGCAAGACAUACCGCCAUCGCAGGGAAGACAAGGAAAACGAGGAAAACGGAAGCGAGGGCGAGGGCGAGGGCGACAACAGCCGGUUCCAGCCCCUGCCUGACGACACCUUUGAUACGGCCUCUAUGGCUGCAGAUGUUCAAAACGCAGACGAGCUCAAGAAGGCUACCAAGAAGUUCAGGGAGGUUGACCAGUGGGAGCUGUCAUUCGAAGAGGUUGCUGAGCCGCCGUCACCACAGGGGGCUCGAUAG